AUGAGUAAAUAACUAUCUAAGGGAGUAUCUUCCCAUGACCAUUCAGAAUAAGUGCCAGAGAUUAAGUAGUCUUAGACAAGAAAUAAGCAGUUAACUAAGACUCUGAGUAAACUAUUUAGAGAUCAGUACAUGGAAACUUUUGAGAUAGGUAGAGGCAAGGCACCUUUAAAGCGUAAAUCAACCACUCAGAUGGAAAUCGAUUAGGCAUUUGAUGAGAGUUUAACCUCCUCAGCUCAUCCAAUGAGUGAUAAAUUGGAGAUCAUAAACGAGUAGGAAUCACAUAGGAAUUGUGAUUCAACUGAUAAUCAUAAUAACACUGAAUAGUUCACAAGUCAGAAUGGGAAUGGAGGAACCCAGGAUUCAAUCAACAAAAAGAAGAACAAAGGAAAUUUAGAAGUAAAUCUGAAGGAUUUACUAUCUUUCAAACAAAAGCAUAAUGUUGAUAAUAACUUGAAGAAGGAAAAAUUAAGAAAGCAAAAGAAGAAGUAAAAGGCCUAAGAUAGUAAUAAUGACAGUUUAGAGGAAAAGGAGGAAUAUUAUGCGACUGAAGAAGCAGAUAAUUUGUCUUCACAGCGGUAAGAUACCCAAAACUUGAGCAAAGACUCAUAGUCCUAACUCUUGAGAGUUAGAUCUAGCUCCUAAUAUAAAAAAUCAAAGUAUGCUUAAUAGUCCGCUUAAUAAUUGAACAAAGUCAGCUUUAUUAAUCAGAUUGGGAAUGUCAAAAAAUCAUUGAAUAAAAGUUCAAAUGAAGAUUUAUUAUUGCAACUCUAGUAAGAGUACUUUAAUUCUAAAUAAUGGAUGAGAAAAUCUUAAUCCUAGGGGUAGUUUAAGAAAAAAAGUGCAAGCGUUAAAUAGAAAAAUCAUCAUCAAUCGCAGUUCUCAGCUCUUAAUUGCUCUAAAUCUUUCAAAGAUUACCUGUAUGAUCUCAUUGAAAAUAAUAGGAUUAUCCGAUAACUCCAAAAUAAAUGCAAUCUUCAAAAAGUUGUCAUUAAAAUGGUUGAAAAUGAGCAAGAGGAUCUAGACAGAUUGAAAUUAAAGAAGCGGAGGUUGAUGCAAUUAUCAAAGCCUCCUGAAUAGAUAGCAAAUAUUCUAGCAAUGAAAAAAAAUUAUUUCAUCAAGAAGGAAUUCAUCACAAUUAAUCCAAUUAAUAAAGGAGUCGCUAGUAAGCUUUCUAAAAAUGAUAUCAAGCACUAUCUGUCUAAUAAUCACAACCACCAUUCUCAGUAAAACUUCAAUCAGAAUAUAACUCAGAGUCUUGAUGUAAUACAACUAGAUGACAUGAUGAAUAGAUUUUUUAAUCAGACGAAGAGUAGUAAUCUAUUUGAAAAUAACUACAUCAAGCAGCAGUCAAUCAAGUCUUCAUUUCAAAACAGGGUCUAGGCAGAAGCAGCUCAGCUAAACAAGCAAAAUCUACUACAAACGUAAAAUAGUAUGAGCGAAACAAGGUAACAGCAUACACAGAGCCUUAUAAUAGCAUCAGGUCAAACUAAUGAGACCUAGGAGAACUUUAAGUCACCUAUCAAUAAGAGAUCACUUUUUAAUAUUAGUGUUGGGGUUAGAAACAGUAACGGGAGUGUUUUAGGCUCUUUUAAUAACUAGGAGGAUACGACUCUGGAAAGCUCGACAAAGAUGCUUCCAACAAUUAAACAGCGACUUUAAACUCUAGGUGACUUUGAAAAUGUAAAUAUAGACGGUAUUAUGACUAGAACUUUGACAUUCCAACCUAAAAUAGGUGAGUAUAGCUAAAAGUUAUCCUCUUCAGAUAGAUUAAACUAACUUGGUAGUAUUGGACCUGCAAAAAAUGUGACUUUCAAGCAUAAGCAAUUUGUAAGCUAAAGGGGAGGGUUGAAUGAAAAUCACUUCCUCUUGAGUCAUCAAUACUCUAAGUUUAAUCCGCCUCUCUUCCUUCACUACAGAAAACCAAAAAAUAAGCCUAUAGAGAUAGCUGAAUAAGUCAUCAAAGGGAGGUCUCUUGCCAGAUCAAUAUUUGGGUAAACUUAAUACGAAAAUAGAAAAUUUGUUUUCUUAUGA